GAGAUUCUCUGGCAUGGCAUCGCCAGUUUUCGUGUGCUUUUAGUUCAGGCGUGUUCUCGUGAGCAGCCAGGGGAUGUGUAUCACCACAGUAGAAGACAACGGAAGAACAGCAGUGGAUACUGCUGACACUGACAGUAUGAAGGGAAUACCUCCAGACAUCUCUUCUGAGGAAAGGUCAUACUGGAAACCAGAUAAAAAAGGUAGAAGAGGACGACAUGAGGCCUUAAUGGCAAAGCUGAGAGAAUGGAGUUGGGUCAAAACCUCUGUACACAAAUUGGGAAGAAAACUGUGGAAGAAGGGUCUGCAUUGUCAUGCUAGUGGAGGGCAAAUGGACUAGAAACCUUCAGUGGAGCUGAAAAUGUACACCGUGAGUCCAGUCGGACACCGGAAGCUGCAAAUGUACACCGUGAGUCCAGUCGGACACCGGAAGCUGCAAAUGUACACCGUGAGUCCAGUCGGACACCGGAAGCUGCAAAUGUACACCGUGAGUCCAGUCGGACACCGGAAGCUGCAAAUGUACGCCGUGAGUCCAGUCGGACACCGGAAGCUGUAAAAUGUACGCCGUGAGUCCAGUCGGACACCGGAAGCUGAAAAUGUACGCCGUGAGUCCAGUCGGACACCGGAAGCUGAAAAUGUACGCCGUGAAUCCAGUAGGACACCGGAAGCUACAAAUGUACGCCGUGAGUCCAGUCGGACACCGGAAGCUGAAAAUGUACACCGUGAGUCCAGUCGGACACCGGAAGCUGCAAAUGUACGCCGUGAGUCCAGUCGGACACCGGAAGCUGCAAAUGUACGCCGUGAGUCCAGUCGGACACCGGAAGCUGCAAAUGUACGCCGUGAGUCCAGUCGGACACCGGAAGCUGCAAAUGUACGCCGUGAGUCCAGUCGGACACCGGAAGCUGAAAAUGUACGCCGUGAGUCCAGUCGGACGCCGGAAGCUGAAAAUGUACGCCGUGAGUCCAGUCGGACGCCGGAAGCUGCAAAUGUACGCCGUGAGUCCAGUCGGACACCGGAAGCUGCAAAUGUACGCCGUGAGUCCAGUCGGACACCGGAAGCUGCAAAUGUACGCCGUGAGUCCAGUAGGACACCGGAAGCUGCAAAUGUACGCCGUGAGUCCAGUCGGACACCGGAAGCUGAAAAUGUACGCCGUGAGUCCAGUCGGACACCGGAAGCUGUAAAAUGUACGCUGUGAGUCCAGUCGGACACCGGAAGCUGCAAAUGUACGCCGUGAGUCCAGUCGGACACCGGAAGCUGCAAAUGUACGCCGUGAGUCCAGUCGGACACCGGAAGCUGCAAAUGUACGCCGUGAGUCCAGUCGGACACGGGAAGCUGAAAAUGUACGCCGUGAGUCCAGUCGGACACCGGAAGCUGCAAAUGUACGCCGUGAGUCCAGUCGGACACCGGAAGCUGCAAAUGUACGCCGUGAGUCCAGUCGGACACGGGAAGCUGAAAAUGUACGCCGUGAGUCCAGUCGGACACCGGAAGCUGCAAAUGUACGCCGUGAGUCCAGUCGGACACCGGAAGCUGCAAAUGUACGCCGUGAGUCCAGUCGGACACCGGAAGCUGCAAAUGUACGCCGUGAGUCCAGUCGGACACCGGAAGCUGCAAAUGUACGCCGUGAGUCCAGUCGGACACCGGAAGCUGCAAAUGUACGCCGUGAGUCCAGUCGGACACCGGAAGCUGCAAAUGUACGCCGUGAGUCCAGUCGGACACCGGAAGCUGCAAAUGUACGCCGUGAGUCCAGUCGGACACCGGAAGCUGUAAAAUGUACGCCGUGAGUCCAGUCGGACACCGGAAGCUGCAAAUGUACGCCGUGAGUCCAGUCGGACACCGGAAGCUGCAAAUGUACGCCGUGAGUCCAGUCGGACACCGGAAGCUGAAAAUGUACGCCGUGAGUCCAGUCAGACACCGGAAGCUGAAAAUGUACGCCGUGAGUCCAGUCGGACACCGGAAGCUGCAAAUGUACGCCGUGAAUCCAGUCGGACACCGGAAGCUGCAAAUGUACGCCGUGAAUCCAAUAGGACACCGGAAGCUGAAAAUGUACGCCUUGAGUCCAGUCAGACACUGGUAGCUGAAAAUGUAAGCCGUGAGUCCAGUCUGACACCGGAAGCUGAAAAUGUACGCCAUGAGUCCAGUCGGACACCGGAAGCUGAAAAUGUACGCCGUGAGUCCAGUAGGACACCGGAAGCGGAAAAUGUACGCCGUGAGUCCAGUCGGACACCGGAAGCUGCAAAUGUACGCCGUGAAUCCAGUCGGACACCGGAAGCUGCAAAUGUACGCCGUGAAUCCAGUCGGACACCGGAAGCUGCAAAUGUACGCCGUGAGUCCAAUAGGACACCGGAAGCUGAAAAUGUACGCCGUGAGUCCAGUCAGACACCAGUAGCUGAAAAUGUAAGCCGUGAGUCCAGUCUGACACCGGAAGCUGCAAAUGUACGCCGUGAGUCCAGUCAGACACCGGAAGCUGAAAAUGUACGCCGUGAGUCCAGUAGGACACCGGAAGCUGAAAAUGUACGCCGUGAGUCCAGUCGGAAACCGGAAGCUGAAAAUGUAUGCCGUGAGUCCAGUCGGACACCGGAAGCUAUAAAAUGUACGCCGUGAGUCCAGUAGGACACCGGAAGCUGAAAAUGUACGCCGUGAGUCCAGUAGGACACCGGAAGCUGAAAAUGUAUGCCGUGAGUCCAGUCGGAAACCGGAAGCUGAAAAUGUAAGCCUUGAGUCCAGUCAGACACUGGAAGGUGAAAACGUACGCCGUGAGUCCAGUAGGACACCGGAAGCUGAAAAUGUACGCCGUGAGUCCAGUCGGACACCGGAAGCUGAAAAUGUACGCCGUGAGUCCAGUAGGACACCGGAAGCUGAAGCUGAAAAUGUACGCCGUGAGUCCAGUCGGACACCGGAAGCUGAAAAUGUACGCCGUGAGUCCAGUAGGACACCGGAAGCUGAAAAUGUACGCCUUGAGUCCAGUCAGUCACCGGAAGCUGAAAACGUACGCCGUGAGUCCAGUAGGACACCGGAAGCUGAAAAUGUACGCCGUGAGUCCAGUCAGACACCGGAAGCUGUAAAUGUAAGCCGUGAGUCCAGUCAGACACCGGAAGCUGAAAAUGUACGCCGAGAGUCCAGUAGGACACCGGAAGCUGAAGCUGAAAAUGUACGCCGUGAGUCCCGUAGGACACCGGAAGCUGAAAAUGUACGCCGUGAGUCCCGUAGGACACCGGAAGCUGAAAAUGUACGCCGUGAGUCCAGUAGGACACCGGAAGCUGAAGCUGAAAAUGUACGCCGUGAGUCCAGUCGGACACCGGAAGCUGAAAAUGUACGCCGUGAGUCCAGUAGGACACCGGAAGCUGAAAAUGUACGCCUUGAGUCCAGUCAGACACCGGAAGCUGAAAACGUACGCCGUGAGUCCAGUAGGACACCGGAAGCUGAAAAUGUACGCCGUGAGUCCAGUCAGACACCGGAAGCUGAAAAUGUACGCCGUGAGUCCAGUAGGACACCGGAAGCUGAAGCUGAAAAUGUACGCCGUGAGUCCCGUAGGACACCGGAAGCUGAAAAUGUACGCCGUGAGUCCAGUAGGACACCGGAAGCUGAAAAUGUACGCCGUGAGUCCAGAAAGACCCUGUACAGGAUCCUAUAGCUCAUAGAAAAAGAAAAAUAUAACAAGGAAUUUAUAUUCUGUUUAAAAAAACAAAUGUGUUUUAGUGAGCCAUAAAUGUAAUUGUAUGUUUAACAAUUAUGAGAAUCAGAGGAGAAGGAAUAAUGAGGCUUUAAUUAUGUUUUUCUCUUGUUCUUUUUAAAUGUUUAUUUCUUUGACUUGUUUGGUUUAAACAUGGCCCUUCAUUUAAUAAAAGUGAAAACCACUUUUCACAA